UGCACGCAGUCGAAGGAAGAGUUCAAGUUGGAGGAACUGAAGAAACUGGAAACCAUAAUUCAAAAUAUACUGACCUACAACAAAGAAUUUCCCUUUGAUGUCCAGCCAGUGCCCUUAAGGAAAAUCCUCGCUCCAGGUGAGGAGGAGAACCUGGAGCUGGAGGAGGAGGAGGAUGCUGCAGCAGGAGCAGGUUCUACGGAAGCUUUCCCCCCACGAGCCCCUGCUUCGCAAGGUACCUUGUUGCCACGGUUACCCUCUGAGCCCGGGAUGUCACUGCUUACAAUCAAGAUUGAAAAAAUUGGCCUGAAGGAUGCCGGUCAAUGCAUCGAUCCCUACAUGACCAUUAGUGUCAAAGAUAUGAACGGUGUAGACUUGAACCCAGUGCAGGACACCCCCGUGGCCACCAGGAAGGAAGAUACCUACAUUCACUUCAGUGUGGAUGUGGAGAUCCAGAGACACGUGGAGAAAUUACCCAAAGGAGCAGCUAUCUUCUUUGAAUUUAAGCACUACAAACCUAAAAAGAGGUUCACCAGCACAAAAUGUUUCGCCUUCAUGGAAAUGGACGAGAUCAAACCCGGCCCCAUCGUAAUCGAGCUCUACAGGAAGCCCACAGACUUCAAGAGAAAGAAACUGCAGCUUCUAACAAAGAAACAACUCUAUCUCCAUCUUCAUCAGACGUUACACAAGGACAGCUAAGUCGGAGCACGCCUCGAACUUUAAACCACCUCUUUUAAUCUCUCUUACAUCCACAUCCAGCAAAAUGUGGUGUUCCACCUCAUCGCAUCCAGCAAUACUAAAUCGAGGUUGUAGUCUUUUUUUAUUUUUUUUAUCCACGAGUAUAUGAAGAACAUAAAGAGAACUGAGCCAAACAUUAGUCAGCUCAGCUCCGAAUGCCACAUUAGUUUUGCAUUUUUUUAUAUUCCUUUAAAUUUUGUUGUCGAGCGUGUAUCUGGUCUGUUGCUAAAACCCUUAAAAAAAAGUCAGUUUUGAUUGGUUGCAGAUGCAGGGGUGUCUUAUUACAGCAGGAUUGUGUUAAAGCAGUUAAACCAUCUCAUCUCCAGUCUUCCUUAACUCGCUGAUGUCGGAGGGAGGGGGGGAAACGGGUCGUGACGCGAGUUGUUGCAGGUGUUUUAAUGCAGUUAUUGUAUUGCUCACGAGCGUAUUCAGUGUGAGCAUUUGGUCGCGGGCCAGAUGUUUCGAGACCAGUUUGUUUCCAAGCAAGAAACACAGUGUUUAUCACCUGCCAGAAAGUGUUUAUUUUAAUUAAUUAAUUGAUAUUAGUGUUACUUUGCAGAUUUUAUGUAUGCAGUUGUAUUUGACCGGUGCUUACGUGAGUCUAGAGGAUACGUCUUUAUUGGCAGUCAAAGAACAACAAUCUCGGACUGACUUUUUAAGAAUCGUCUCUCUCUUGUAUUGUUACUCAAAAAAGUAACAUUUUUUUUUAAAUGAAGUUGCAUGUAACUUUGUUUUCAUUCUGACUUUGCAGAUGUUCUUCGUCACUAAAAACAUCUACAUUGUAAUAUUUGAUUUUAGAUUUUAUUUUUGUAAUGUCACAAUAUUCAGGACUGUAAAUUAACUGUAAGAUACACUAACUGAUGAAUAUACAGUCACUGUGUGUCUGUAUGAAGCACUACGAUGUGGUAGGACUGAGACCUGUGGAAUGUUUUAGUUUCGAUGACAGACUGAGGGGAAUUGUAUCAUUUACAAUGCUAUUAAUUUCUAAUAAACUACAAAUGAAGCA